AUGCCCUUUGACAAUGACGUGCUUGAUUACUUGCAUCGUUCAGAUGCUGCCCAGAACCUUUAUCUGGCAGUCCGAACUUUGGCGCGAACUGAUGAACUCAAACGGGCAGCCGUGGGACGCUGUGGCCAUGACUACGAGCACAAGCAGAUGUGCCAGGAAUUGCCUGGCAGCUCCGAAAGCAGUGUUUAUCCUUGUCAGACGGCCCUCGAAGCCAAGGACCUGCACUCUUGCUUGGAGUCUUCGACCCGCGAUGUGUGGGAAGCACCGUGCCAUCUCUCGGACAUGUUCCAAGCAAGCAAGUCUGAUGCUCUGCAAUUGUUAUUGUAUCGGAUGAUGACUCGACUUCAAGGAUCCCUCUAUGCUCUUGGGAUCAUUGAACAGAGAGUGUACCCAUACUGUCUCUUCAAUGUCAUGAAGGAUUCGUCGUCCGCAGCAGAUGUUUUGGAAGAUGUCAGCACAGGCAAAGAACUGCUGGAUUCCUUCGGGAAGAUGAUGCUCUCAGCGUACCCAACGGAAGCCGACCUCCUGGGGCCAGCCUGUCAGGCUGAGUUGCUGACCGUGGCCAAGCUCACUCGUGAGAGCACAAACGAGAUAGAAGCUGGGCAUUCCGGGCUGAAAAAACGGGCGCGUCGACUCAGUGAUCUGGGCAGGCCAAUUCAGUUGCACGAGCAAAGCGCGUUGCGGAUGAUAGAGCAGCUGCAAGGGGCUGCAAAUCUGCACGCAUACCUUUGGGCCGAUUUGGCACAGGAGCAACAGUCUGAGGAGCAGCAGCCAUUGAAGAGCCGAAGCAAUGCAACAGGGCAACCUGGCAAGAAACAACGAAAAAGGAGGAAAAUCAAUGCGUAUCAAGCUUUCACAGCAACCCAUGUGCAGGGACGAUUGGCCAACAAGGAUGAUGCACAGAGGUACCGGCAGCUUUCAGUGCCUGAGAAACGCAAGUUUCAGGUCAUGGCCCAUGCAAUGACCCAGAGGCGUCGUGCGAUGGGAGGAACACGCGCUAAGCGUCGCAGGAACGAUCCAAUGGCAUGGCACUUGAGAAAAAAAAGAAGGGCAGCCAGGCGGCUGCAGCGUGACUAUGAUCCAAAAGAAUCCCGUCGAACACUGCAGAAGGAUCGUGCUGAUUUGCUGCUUAUGCGGUGGGAGCAGAUAAGCAGUCAGUUUGAUGCAGAACGCAGAGAGUCCCGACAGUCUGAGCGGGAGUCCAGAAAGCAUUUCUUGUCCCAUGUCAACUGCAACCGGGAGCUUUGGCCACUGGACCCUUUGGGAGAUUACAUCUACAGUUGGCGCAUCAAGGCGCCGCCUGCUUGUUCCGACGCUCACACGCCGGGCUCUGAAACUUUGUUUGCGCAACACACAUGGAUGAGCAAAGGUGCUCAGGAGGCUGCUUCUGUCCAUGCAGUCGCAGCCCGAACUGGGGAUGCACGCGUCAGCGAGUGGGAAAGGCGGCAUGCAGUUCUUGAGCCCGUACCAGGAGUGAAACUGCCGAAGGAGUCUGAUGCAGCGAGAGCUGCCCGUGCCACAAGGCAAGCUGGACUUGUCUUGUCCUCUCACGCGCAGCAGCUCUCCCAAGCGUUGGCAACUGUGCUCAUGAACUUUGCAGGCCAAGGCGUUAAGCAAGCAGCCAAAGUCAAAAGCAAGCAGAGGCUGUUGCUAGAAGAAAACCAUGUGGUUCUGGAGCUACAGCAGACUCUCGCCAUCGGUGGGACAAGAAGGUUAUGGUAUCAGAUUUGCUACCUCACCUAUGACCGCCCUGUGCGAGCUUCGUUCAUGGCCUUGGAGGAAGAUGUGUUUCUUGGCCAAGUAAAGCCAACAGAAAUUUGUUUAAGCCUUCUGUUGCAUAAGAAGAUGGAAGCAAAGGGGAAGAGGCUCCUGAAGCCAGCAACUCCAGAAGGCCUGGCGUUGGUCCCGAAGAGAAAGCCCGGCUGCAGCUUACAGACGUGGCUUUCCAGCUUGCCAGAGCUUGCAGGAAAUUUGUGGCCGAAGAACAAUUGGACAGUCAAGUUCCUAUGCGUUGAAGCUUGCAGAUUGUCUCCAGUGCAGGAGGACAGGGACAUGCCAUUCGUUUUGGAUGUGAGACCGAUCAACUCAGAAUCGGUGAAUCUUGAUGCUGUCAGUCCCGAAAGCCAAGAUGCUUCAGUGCAAGUGUUGCAGCAGGCAGGCUCCGAGAGCGAUGAUGAUAAUGACGAUGAUGGCCAGGCAGAGGCAAAGAACCCAAAGCCACAAGUGCCCCAAGGUUUCAAAUCCGUGGCUUUGGAGGUCGAAGGCCCUCUGCUUCCACAACGUGAAGUGGACGACAUCAUCCAGAGAGCUGCAAAGGGCAAACUUGUACAGCUGACUGAUGAGAUCAGAGUGCUCUUUACAUUCCGACAGCCAAGCAAGCGACAUCCGUUUGGGGGUUUUCAAGUCCGAUGUUAUUGCCACAGCCCCGACAAGAAAGUGAACAAGAACAAUAAGCCGUACACACUGUCAUGUCGACGAGAAUUGCCAAUUGCAGCCAGUGGCCAAGCUGCAGACACUCUUCAGCGUCUUUCUUCCUGGGCCUUAGCCGGGCCAAAGUUUGCAAAUCGAUUGGAGCACCAAGACUUAAGCUCGAGAACUGCAGAAAAAUCUUCUGGUAGAAAGAGUUCUUCCAGCAGUUCUGAUGACAGCAGCAGCAGUAGCAGCACGAGCACGGCUGCCUGUGCUUCUGCUGCGCCUGAGCUGCGUGUGCCAUGGGUUCGCCCUUCCCCAGGGAUCCUGAAGACGGGAACAUAUGCACUUCGCGAUGUUGCAGGAGAUGGGGACUGUCUUUUCACUGCGUUGGGCCUUGAACUCGAGCACAAGGCAAAGGUCGUGCCUGGCAUUCGUCUGCCUACUGGCACCUGUGGGGAGAACAUGGGCCCGAGAUGGAGGUCACAACUGGUGCAUUUCGUUCGUCGCCUGGCUGCAACAGAUGCCAAGAUCGAAGAGCUCAGUGUGACAGAAUGGUUGCAACACAAUGGGUGGUCUGAUUUGGAUGCGUAUGUGGCAGGGAUGACCUUAGCAGAUGCUGACCCAGCCGACCCGCGACAACACUGGGGUGGGUUUCUGGAGGCCACCAUCUUGUGCAUGGCAGCAAGCCCUUUGGUUGGGUGCCUCUUGACCAAGAAAGUUUCCGAGGGCGUGCGAUGCCAAGCCUGGGCUGCGGCAGCUCCAUUCUCAACUGACAGCCACUAUGUUGCAAUCUGCUGGACAGGCAACCACUGGCAAAGACUUCGUCUUACCAAGGAUGCUGAGGACCAAGUGCGACAGUGGUAUCACACGAGCUAG